UUCACUUCACAUUCGACCACAGAGAAGUGCAGGAGGGUUUGUCACAGCUCUCUGGGGGCCGGUUUUCCUCUAGGGCGCGGUGUGUGGCCCCUCAUCUCAGGUCACCCACCAUCCCCUUGGGUGAGCUCUGAGGGCUCUGGACACCCGGGUCCCACGGCCGUCACACUGCCACCUCCGUCAGUGUGGCUCUGCUGAGCCUUUCUCGAAGUGGCCAACGUCUCUUGGCCACAGGAGCUUCCUGCUGCUGGGGGGGAGCCGGACGAGGCUGGCAGGGUCGCUCAGAAGGGUCUCAGGGGACAAAACCACUCUUCGUCUGGCUGACGCAAGUGUAAAUGACUCAGAAACACGCGGACUUCAUUUCCUGGAGGCACGUGGAUUGCCAUGGGGGCUGGGGAGGUGAUGAGGGUUUUGGCCAAAGAAUUUGGGUUUGGCUCGAGUCAGAAAUGUGCGAGAUGAAGUGGGACAAGUUUUCCAAGCCCGUUCGGGUCUGUGCAUGGCUAACAGGGCAGGAGCACCCGGUGCUGGGGGCUCCUUGGGGGCAAAGAAGGGGCGUCCCUUCCGCGGUCAACAGCCAUCAGGCCGUUCUGCAAAGGGAUUUUCCAGCACUGUCGCUUUCAGCCCGAAACAGCUCUGUGAGUUCAGCUUCAGAAACUGAGUUUCUGGGUGGGGGCGGGGAGGUGCACCCAGGGUCUUCAUCCAGGAGCCUGGAGUGAGGUCCGGGGAAGGGGUCUUCCGCCCACCCGCCCUCCGUACCCCUCCUUCAGCCAUCCUCCCUGUGCUCCCGGUGCAGGAGUGGAAGGUGUCGCUGUCUGGGGCCAUGUGUCGUAUGGGCCCCCAACAGUGCCCUGCGUGGUGGUCCUGGCAGGUGCUUGGGCACUGCCCAGCAGCUGCGUGGGCUGCUCAGCCUUUCUCCUUCUGUGUCCAUCGGGGUCCGGUGUGAGAGCAGGCCCCGCCUGACCACUCCAGGUGGGGCUCUCAGAGACAACGCAGAACCAGCUGGAUGGGUGAGGAGUUGGGGCCACCUCUGGGAUUGUUGGUUUAGGGGAACAUGAGACCCAGGGGCCAGAGCUGCGGCUGCUCCUGGUGGCUCCUGAGUCAACAGCGAAAACGGACGCCGUGCCCCCAGCCUCGACGUCCCUGCAGCUGCACUGGUCUCUGGACACUGAGCAGCGAGGCCGAAGGCUGGCAAACGUGCCCGGCAGCAGGACAGUGGCCUUGUCCGCCACCGAAGCUCAGCGCCGUGCCGCUCGGGACAGGAUGUGCACGAGAGCCCUGUGGGCUGGGAAGGCGGCUAGGCCGGCCCCGGGCCUCCCCGCAGCUCACCCCAAGGGGGUCUGCCCAUCUUCCUCUCUGGGCCCUGUUCCCUUCCCUUUCCUUUUUGCCCGGCCACCCCGUUUCUCUCACAGGUGGCUCCCCCAGCAAGUCCUUGCAGGGUUAACCAGACUCGGCGCUGCUUCUCGGAGGACCUGACCAUCGCCUGCCCUCUGGAAGCAUCGCCUCAAUGCCUGGGCAGCUGGCACUCUGGGAACCUGGCCUGCCACAGGCUGCCUUUCAGGCCAUACAUGGGCUCCAUGGCCAGGGGCCGUCCCUGUGGGCCUGGGCUCUGGGUCCUCAGGUUUGCGGCGGCCGCUCCUGGCUGGCGCUUGGGGCAGGUGUGGGAAAGCAUGGGUGGAGCUUCAAGGCGGGGUGGGCGCUGAGUGCCCUCCCUGAGACCCGCAGGCCCACAGCCCUGUUUCUUCAGCACUCAAGGACAAACCACAGGCCUGUGACCCUGUGGCCUAUGACAGGCCUGGACCCAGGCCCAGCGACACUGCAGCCCUGCAGCUCCGUCCACGGGUCCCAGGGAGGAUUUGGGGCUCAGCCUGCUGUGCGUCCGGGAGCUUCCAUGGGGCUCAGGUGAGUACCCUGUGAGGCUGCGUCAGUACAGCGGCAGCCUUGCGUCGAUGUUCGCUGUUGUUCUCUGGCACUUCUGGGUUGUCUCUGGAAUGACCAACAUCUGGGCCGGGGCAAGGAGGGCCCAGAGGAGGAGAGAAGGGGCGCGUGCUGCGGGAAACGACACAUGCAGGGUUCGAGAGAGCCUGGCGGGCUCCCGUAGCUGGUCACCCCCAUAGCACUUGCAGCCUGGGCUCCCCCGGGCCAUGUGUCAUGACCCCGAAACCCCGAUUACAGCAAAGACAGGGGGGCUCUGCGGGCCCCGCCUCUGGCUCCUCUCUGUUGUUACUGUUUCCCGGCCGGAAGGCGGGAGAGGAGGCCAAGGGUGACCGUCCUCAGGGCCGCCACCCCACCGCCCGGCCCUGCCCCUCUGGUCGGGAGGCGGAGGGGAGCGGACUCCAUGCAGGGCCACGAGGAGGCUCCCGUGUGCCAGCCCUUCUGCCUCCGGGGUGAGCUGUCUUCUGACAGAGGAGCGUCCUGGCAAAGACACUCACAGCUGUGGCGGCCUGAAGCACGUUUAUUCCUGGUUUUAUCCAUCUCUCAUUUGUUUUUCUCUAAAUGGGAAGGGAUGGGUGCAGUUCUCUUCUCCUUCUUGGAAGGCUUAUUUUUUAUUAUCAUUAAAGAGUAUUAACAACAACAGACUCACAAGUGCCCACACUGUGAGCACAGGUCCCGUGCUGUGCGUGGCACCUGCCUUCUGUGCAAGUGCUCCAGCUUGUUCUUCAGUCCACCCUAGGGCUGGUGGCCAGUGACUCAGGCCGGGAGUGGUGUGGGCCCGGGUGCCAGACUCGUCAUUAUGUUUUGUGAGUGUGGUGGAAAACAUUCGUUUUCCGGGAGGUGGCCCUGCUUUCAAGAGCCAGCCUUUGGAGAAAACAGGACACGAAAGCUGGUUUUGGCUUUGAGGUCCAGAUGGGGCCCGUGUCUUUGCUCACAGCCCUUGGCACAGGGCUGGCUCAGGAACUCCAGGGGGCUCGAGUUGGUGCAGAAGGUUCCCUUUCUCCUGUAAGAGCUGUGCCCGGCUGUCCACUGCUAGUAAAAGUGGUGAGUCUGAGCCAACUCCCCGUGGACACACUGCAGGCCGCUGUCUGGUGUGACUUCCUUCUGGGGCACAGGAUCAGGACCCGCUUUGGUGGUGAGGCAGUGGGUGAGGGGAAGAGGGAAGCGACAUUACAGUGCAAAGCUGACUCUCCCGAUGGUGCUCAGUGGAGCAGCUUGCGCCACGGCCGUGCCUGAGUGGCUGGAGGUUAGACCGGGUGCCCUGGCCUUCUGUCCGGGGAGGGCUCUUGGCACUCAGAUCUGCCCAGACUUCCCAGAAAAGGUGGGGGGCACAGGCCCUGUGGCAGGCUACGGGACGGCCUUGGCCUGCUGGGCAGGUCACCGAGGCUGCACUAUCAGAAUGAAAAAUGAAGUGCUUCGUCUAGCCGAUGAGAUGACACUGGGUAUAAAACACUUUAUUCUGCUUCUACUGAAUGUAACCUUUUGGGCACUUCAAUGGAAACAAAAGCCCUUUCAUAACUCCCAAAAUUGGGUUCUGCACACACUGACAUCUCUCACGGACACCCCACACGAAGCAGCCGUCUUGGCCCCAGAGCUCCUGGUACCCACUGUGUUUGGGAGACAGACACGAAGCUGAGUCCCGUAGAGAAAGGACAGGGCCGGGGCCAGCAGAGUUGCAGCUGGCGGCUGAGUCUGAACCUGCCUCCUCAUCCCUGACUGGCAGGAACCCAGAGCAGCACUCAGCAUCGCUGAGCCUCAGUUUCUUCAUCGGUAAAGUGGGCUUAGGGAUGGCCCCGCUACGUUUACUUGUGGGGAUCAAAUAGGAUGAUGGUGGAAGCGUCACCACAGAAUUAACCCACCAAGACGGAUCGGACAAGGCAUUUACAACUUCCAAAACCAAUUAGGAGCUGACAUCUCGAACAUACAAGAAAUUCCUUCCUGUCUACAAGAUAAGACAGGAACCCCACGGAUAUGGGCAAGUGAUGUAAAGAGGUGACUUGCAGAAGGCCCAGUGGGCGGCAAAUGGCCCUCGGGCACAGUGGACGUUGGAGGGAUUCAGAUCAGAGCAGUAGAGACUCUGUUCACCCCACUGGGUGGACGAGGUCGGGAAGCCGAGUGAUGCCUGGUGGGAGUGUCGUGGCUCCAGUCUUACCCGACUUUGCCAGACUUGAAGUGUGUGCGCCACAGAAAGCUGCAGCUUCCGUCUCUGCCCAAGGGGAGGAGCAGGGACUAGACGGACCCCUCCGGAAACAGCGACACAGGUGAGCCUUCCCACGGCCCGGCCCCGGGGCCUCCUGAGGGGCCUCCUGAGGGGGCUGCAGCAAGGCCAGCUGGAUGAAGGACAGAGCUGGCUGCUGCAGCAGGGGCGUCCGUCCAGGCUCCUGCACCAGGGCGUUGGAGGCAGCAUGAGAGUCCACGGCACAGCUCCGCCUCUGACCGUCAACAGUGCACGUUCACAACAGCUGGUCACGUUCUACAGAAAGUGUCAAACAUUAAACACGUCAGAACAUGUCUGGGCAGGAAAGAGGCGUGGGAGUGGGACUGAGGUGCGAUGCUGAGCCCCCUGACGCAGAACCGUGGGAAGAGCAGAGUAGGAAGAAGUGGUCGCCUGGUCCUGGCAGAGCAGCUGUCCGUACGCCAUGCAGAUCAGGAGUGGUCGCCAUCCGGGUUUCUGAGUCUGGAACGCAGAUGGCGAUGUGGAAAGGGCCAGAGUGGGUAUUUAGAGGGAAAAUUGGCAGGGCAAUGAAAGGAGGCUCUUGGGAGGUGUGUUGAUGGAUCUGGCCUUGUCCCUGAGGGGUGGACAGAGUUGCGAUGUGGUCACUGCUGGCCGUGGCAGAGUGAGUGGCCGAGGAGGCAUUGCUGAGCUGGGGCUGGGGCUUCUCGGGACGUGGAGCAAUGGAGCACAUUCAAGACGGAUUGGGGUAGGACUGGCUUGGGGUUGGUGGCUGUGGGUGAGGAGAGGUGAGUCUGGGAACAGCCCUGGGGCUCUGAAGCUCUUAUUCAUGUGACUGAACGACACGGUCGGGUGUGGGCAGGUUCAAGGGACAGACAUGGAUUCAGUUCUGUGCUGUCUUGAGUUCGAGAUUCCUGUGGGGCCUCCAGCUAGAGACAUUUGUGUGCUGGAAGAGACCUCGGGGCCAGUGUAAAGCCUGAGGCUUGGGGUGCCCUUGGUCUUGUCUCUGACGGCUGUGGGACCUGGUGACUUCCACUGGAGCGUGCAUCUUCGCUCCCCCAUGUCACGUUGAGGCUUGGGGGCUUUACUGAGACUCCUCAGCCAAGAUGCCAGGUGUCCGCUUCCCUGGACCCACGUAUAACCCACCCCACGGGGCAGAUGCACGCCCACCUGGGACCCCAGCAUCCCGGCCCAGUGGGGCUGCUUGCUCCUUGCUGAGCUGACCUUUUAGACAGGGUUUCCUCAGGCACCCAGGCAAGCAAAGAAGCCUUUCACUCCUGUUGGAGUCAGAGGCCCUGCAGGCACUGAAGAUGACUAAUGCCUCGAGAGCCUGUGCUGAGGAGGUUUGUCCUGUGUGGGGGGUGUGGGCCUGGCUUUCUACACCUGUGGCAUGUGGCCCACACCCAGAUGCACCUCUGUGGCAUCCCUGGAGGACAUUUGAAGGUCCUCUGAAGGUGUGGGUUGCUGCCCUGACCUGCACGUCUCACAGUGGUGGUUGUCAUCGUCUUCCUUGGGCCCCAGGGGCCAGCAUGGCAUUCCAGGCCUUUCCUGCACCAGGACAGUUUCAAGAUGUGGAUGCCUCCAGGCAGCUGUUGUUGAGUGGGGCUGUGUGCUGGGAUUGGCGGGGGAAGGGGGUAAGUGAGAGGAAGACGCAAGAGGCAUGGAUGAGAGAGAACUGAUGCUCGUCAGCAGCCUCCAAGAAUGGCUGAGACAGCUUGCAUGUCCCCUCAGCACUCAGCACAGAGCCCAGACAGGACGCAGCAAUGCCCUCCCGUGUUCGCACUCAGACUCACGCCUCGGGUGUGAGAGGGGAAAUAACAGCAAGGGCCUGGCGUGGACAGUCUCAGAGGCCCAGACAGCCCAGGCCUGGGGCUGAGAGAGGGCUUCAGCCGACGCAGUUCACCAGGCAUCAGGCCAGAAAAGGUCAGAUCAUCAGAGACAAACAGCCUGGAGCCUCAGGGUUAUUGAGUUAUGUCCUGGAGUUAUUGGUUGCCUUUGUUUUAUAUGAAGACGUUGGGCUUCUGGGGAAGACAAAGCCCUGGCCAGUUGCUCAGCUGAUGGCUGGGUGACCUAGGAAGGAGUUCACAGGCCCGUGUGGCCUGACCAGGGUCUAGUCAGUUUGAGGGGCACAUAACCCCGGGCAGAGACGAACUACCCAAGCUGCACAGGGAGUGUGUCUGGGCUUCCUGGGCCCGCCGCGGCAGGGACAGCCUCACUGCACAUGGUCUCGCUGUGGUCCAGCCCCAUCCACGGACAGGAAGUAGUGAGAGCGACUCAGGACAGGGCCAGGCCGAAGCCUCCAGCUUCCCUACCCUCUGGGAAGGCUCCUUCUGAGACCUGCGGGAGGUGUGAGCCCAAAGGGGAGUCUGGGUGAGCGGAGCGAGGGUGUCCGUCCACCAUGCGGACAAGAGAGCUCCGGGAGAAGAAUCCUGGUACACUGCAUCCUACCGGAUCCCACCUGAAUUUGUGACGAUUUGGACAAAGUGGGCUGGAGUUUAUCUUUCGCGUUUGCCGUGAGAAGCAGAGGGACAGAUUUGAUUGCAAAAUAGGCAGAUUAACAUAAUUGUGUUGCUAACAUCAAAGCUGAUUUAAAACUCUGUUUUCCAAGCAAAGAGAAACGCUGGCUCUGCUGUGAGGAUGGUGAUGCCUGGAAAGCAGGUUUCGUGCUUCUUCACGCUACAGUUGAGCCGCUGUUUGCCACCUGAGGGGGCAGAGCUGAGUCUCUGCAUGUGUUCCCAUCUUCGGCCCCUUCGCUUCAGCCCACGUAGCCCUCCGGGCUCGGUUCCUUGGCCUGCUUGCGCUCCAUCUGAGGGUUGAGCCUGGGCCUUCACUAGUUGCCGAGGUCUCCCCUUUUCUCCAGCAAGGUCCGUUGCUGUGACGAGGCCAGGACGUGUCAGGACUUCCCGGCACGUUGACCGGCUCUGGCCAGGGCUGAGUGUGACGCAUGAUGACAGGGCAGAGGUUUUGUGGGCUCCGGUCUCACUUCCUUAAUGACACAGUUGUCGUCUUCGUCAUUGGCCUCCUCCUCCUCUGCUUUCACCAUCGCCACCAGUGAGGCCUCUAAUGGACCCGUUGUUCAGGCAUCUUCCGGAGAAUGUACCCACGUUUUCUCUCGCCCUCUCCAUGUCAUUUCUCGAUUAGCUGUGGUAGCUGUUCUGGCCCAUGUAGGUGGAUAUUAGACUCAGAGACUUUAAGUAACUUGCUCAGGGCCACACAGCUGUAAAGUGGCAGAGCCAGGAUUUGAACGAGGUCUGGCUUCAAAUUCCACAGUUUCUUUGCCACGCAGCUUUUCUCAGACUAAAGACAGUGACUAAGGUUUCCAAAAGUGCCUCCCUCCCCAGGAUGAGCCCCGUCCACAGGGCAACGUGUGGAAUUACAGGUUCCCAACAGAGGCGUCCUUACAGGAGUGGGGGCAAAGGAUGCCAGGAUCUGGUCUGAACACCCUCUGCCUUAUCUGGCUUCAGGUGACCUGGCUAAGUGGGUUUGAGAUAAAAACACUUGGUGAGAAUGGAGGCCUCUGAGGGCGGCUCGGGGCAGAGGUGCUAGUAUCUGCGGGCACCGAUCGCGCUGCUGCGCCUCUUGGCACGCCUCCCGUUAUUGUCUUUGCAUCGGCUCACACUCCCUUUCCCUCGGCGUGUUUCCUUCAUAACAGGAUGGCAGACACAGCCGCUGCUAAGGGCCGUUCCAGCUCCUGAACCUCUGAGAUCAGGUCCCCGCGUGAGACUCUGAGACCACGAAGGUGCCCACUUCCCAGAGCAUCUUUGAAGCUCUGAGGGCCCCGUUUCCCUGUUUCAGUCACCCUGGAUGGUGACCACUGGGGAACAUCACCUGAGUGGUCUGCACGUGGAGCCCCAGCCCUGAUGCUGGGUCUUCAGUUUCCAGGGGCUUUUCCAGCUCAAGAUACUCCUAAGCUUUGCUCAUUAUUGUUUGAAGAAACAGUCUCAGGGUUCCAUCUUCCAAGUGCUGGCUCUCUGGCUCCUCCUUCCUCUCAAGUCUGCGGCAAGUCAGCCCAUCUUCUCCGAGAUCGUCUUCUUUCUUGAGGUACUUUAUCAAGUGCAGUGGUAGCAACGAAUUCCCUCUACUGGUGGUGUGCUUGGAAAGCUCUUCACCCAAAGCCAGAACUGCAUUAGGUAUGUUUCCUGUUUUCUAGGUUAUUGCAGGAAUCAGUUUUAGUGAUUUUUUUUUACCAUUACAUAACACAUGUUGCUAUUUUCCAACUUUCUAAAACAGUUUCUUCACCACUCAGCCUAUCAGCCAGUGCCAUAUGUUUUAGGUUUUAUUAUGGCAGCAUUCUACUUUUGGCACCAAGUUCUCUACUAGUCAGCUAUUGCUGCAAUAAUGCUGUAUAACAAAUGAUGCCAUCAAUUCCAGCGGUUUAGAAAAAAAUGUUUCCCACUCAUGUGUUUGUGCGUCAACUGUGGAAUCGGCUUCAGGCUGCAGGUGCGGCUCAGCUCUGCCUCUCAUUCUGGGGCCCAGAUGGGAGAGGCAGCAGCUUCCCUGGGUGUUUCCUUCUCGUGGGGCAGAUCAGGAGUUUAGGAAGGUGAGCAGAAGCAUGUUGUGCCUCCAAAACCUCUGCUCAGAGCUGCCCCACUGUCCCCCUGCCCAUGUUCCACUGGUCACAGCAAGUCACAUGGCCACGCCACGAUGUUGGGGAGGGCAGGAAGGAAGAAUUGUGAACAAGCCAGGCUGCCUGCCACAGGAGUGGCUAACUGAUUUGGGCUGAGCCAAUACAAGACGAGGUUUCCAAAGACAUGGCCUCCAAGCUGCCCUGUCCCUCUGCUCCCCAAGCCCUUGUUUUGCGGAACUGGCCCGACUGGGCGGGAAGAGCGCAGGGCUGGGCUGGCCUGGUGCUGCCAGCUAGUGCUCUCCCGGCAGGCGCUCCCCCGUGUCUCGGAGCUGCACUCUGUCUGCUGUGAAACGUGAUGAGGGGCGUCCCUCCUCGGCACCUGGGAUAAACAGGCGUCUAUCUGCGGAUGCCAGCUUUGUGGGGGAUGCUGACAGACAGCACUUCUCAAGCCUUGUCCUCCCUCUCUCUGGAUGGGUGGAGGGGCACCAGAUCCCACGGAGUCCCUGUGCUGCGCGCCAGCCGUGGGCCCCACUCUCGUGUAGCUCACAUCUCGAGGGAGGUGUCAGAUCUGGGGAGCAGAGGAGCAGAUGGAGGGUCCUGUGCUGCCCGAUCCCCAGAGCCAGAGUGAGCUCCCACGAGCAGAAGCAUCCAUUUGGCCGCCCCCUCAGACAGGGGUCUGGGGCCCCGGUGAUGGUGGAGGAGGAAGUGCCCCUGCCCCGUGGAGCUGGCGGGCUCUGGGAACAACCCACAACAGCUGUUACCACACCUGCAGCUGCCUCCUCGAGUCCCUGCUGGACGCUUCCAUACGGAACAUGUGACACACUGUCUGUAGCAGGCUGACCGUGGCCCCAAAGGGCUAUGUCUACGUCCUAAUUCCCAGAACCUAUGAGUGGGACCUUAUUUGGAAAAUGGGUCUUUGCAGACGUAAUUAAGUUGAGGGUCUUGAGAUGGGAUCAUCCUGGACUAUCUGGGUGGGCCCGAAAUCCAGUGACAAGUAUCCUCCUAAGAGGAAGGCAGAGGAGAUUUGAGACAGAAGUGGAGACACGGAUGGAAGAGGUGCAGCCACUUGAAGAUGGAGGCAGAGAUGGAGGGAGGUGGCCACCAGCCCAGGGACACCCGGAGCCCCCAGAAGCCAGAAGAGGUAGGAGGGACCGUCCCCUAGAGCGUCAGAGGGAGCACAGCCCUGCCAGCACCUGGACCCUCGACCCCUGGCCUCCAGAGCUCUGAGAGAAUAAAUCUCUUUUGUGUUAAGCCCCCACUUGCGGUGAUUUGUUACAACAGCUGCAGGACCCUAACACACCGUCUUAGUUAUCUCACGAAGCCUAUGCAAUAGGUGUGUGGUGCCCAUUUUACAGGUGGAGAAACUGAGGCUGAGAGAUUAGAUGACUUGCUGACGGUGGCUGCUGAGUGGUGAGAACAAAGUCCAGCCUUCUUCCACCUCCUGUGCUUCGGCCCCGAAACAGCCCACGGCUGAAGAGGAGUUCAGCCGAAGAGGAGGGUGCUGUGCUACACGUGACCUGCCACGGAGGCUGCUGAAGUGCAGGAGCUGGAGAACCUGAUGCAGGGCGCUGGAGGAGGCGGGACCCCGGUCUUGCUGGGUGACAGCCGAGGCCCUUGGAGGAAGCGGGCUGCGGGUCUGGUGUCCCCGUGCAGACCCCACAUAAGGCCUCGUGUGGAGUCCCACGCCAGGGCUUCUCCGUGUUGGAGUCGACUGGAAAUGCCUGUCCACCUCUCAUUCCUCGGGGGUUGGGCCUCUCCCUCUGACCAGUCCUUAGACUGAGGUGAGACCCAGGUCCUCCUCCUGUCUGGUGACUUGGAGGGACCAUGGCAGAAGUGGACUCAAGCCUUGCUGGGAGCUCAGCAGAUGAGCGCAGGGCUGAGGGCCCCCAGAGACGCUGCCUGGCACACAGUGAGAAAUCAACAGAGGGUUGUUCCCCUCCAUUUUCCUCAGAGAAAGGAAAGCCAUCUGGGGACGAAAGGUCGGGAGAGAGAAGGGACGUCCACCAGCAGCCUACUCUCCUCAUGGCAUCUUCUGAGGUGGGUCCCUGCAUCUCCUCCUUGGCGGGGGGCAUGCAGCCAGCACUGGGGUGUUCGUGCUGCCCUGUCCAGGCCUCUGAGUGGUGUGCAGACUGCACCUUGGACCUCCCGGGCUCCAGCCUCUGCUUGGGGAGCACCGGGUCCUGGGUGUGUUUUGGCUUUGAGUCUUUCAAUUCCUCCUCUGCUGGGCAUCUGUCCUGCCCCCCGUCUCCCCUCCCGGCUCCCCCUUCUUGGAUUCUGCUUGUGUGGUUUCUCUGAUCUGAUGGGGCAAGACCCCAGAGCACAGUCAGGUGUUCAUGUGGGUGUGCACAUGCGAUGUGCUAUGGGGGGUGUUUCUCUCUGGGUACAGAGUGUGUGUUUGCGUGUGUGCUGUGUAUGCACAGGGCAUGUUGACAUAUAUCUGGUGUGUAUACAGGCUGUCUAUAACAUAUGCGUGGUGUAUGUGCAUAUUACGUAUGUGUGUUCUCAGGACUGCAUGUGUGCAUGUGCAAUGUUGUGUGGACAACUUGUUUGCUCCCAAUGUCAUGUGUCUGUAUGUGCCGUGAGAUUUGUGUGUGCACACACAGUAUUGUGUGUGAAUGUGUGCUUGAUGCAGUAUUGUGUAUAUGUGUGCUACAGUGUGUGUGUGUGUGCAUGCAUGUGCUGUGAAUGUGAGUGUAUACACGCACUCAGUAUGUGUGCACAGUGUGUAUAUGUGUGCAAGAUGUCUGUAUGUGUACAUGCGUGUGCUGUGUGUGCACUCACACAAUACGUGUGUGCAGUGUAUGUAUGUGCAUAUGUGUGUGCAUGAAUGUGCUGUGAGUGUGUGUACGUACUCAAUAUGUGCACACAGUGUGUGAGUAUGUAUGUGCAUAUGUGUGCAAUAUGUGUGUAUGUGUGCAUGCAUGUGCUGUGAGACUGGUAACUCCUUUUUUCUUUCCAUUUUUUCCCUUUUUGAGUGGGAAUGUGUAUAACUGUCAAUAUAUGCCUGUCCCAACGUUGUAUUUGGGGAGCAGAUAACUUUCUUGAGUUUUACAUGUUCACAGAUGAAGGGGAAUUGUGCAUCCGGAUAGAUUGUACCCUGAGCCUCACACACCCCUGAUUUAGAUUAUUUAGAUGAUGAGAUUUGGGAUUUUUGAAUUCAUUAGAUUUAGAUGAGAUUUUUUUUUGGAUUUAGACUUGAUAUUGUAAAGAGUAAGACUUUUGGAGAUGUUGGGAUGGGGUGAGUGUAUUUUGCGUGUGGGAUUUUGCAUGUGAGCCUUUGGAGACCAGAGGGCAGACUGAGGUCAGCAGAAUAACGGCCCCCAAAGAUGUCCACACCUUACUCCCCAAGCCCGGUGAAUAUGCUAGCUUAUAUGUUGAAGGAGAUUUUACAGACGUGAUUAAAUUGAGGACUUUGAGAUGGGGAGAUUAUUCUGGAUUAUCUAGGUGGACCUAGAUAAUCACAAGUGUCAUUAUAAGAAGGAGGCAGGAACGUCAGAGUCAGAGAAGGAGACAUGACUAUGGAAGCAAGAUCAGAGUGAUGAGAUUGCUGAUUUGAAGGUGGAAGAAGGGACCUUGAGGCAAGGAAUGUGGGCACCUCUAGAAGGUGCAAAAGGCAGGGAAGUGGGUUCUCCCUGGAGCCUCCAAAAGCAAGGCAAUCUUGUCAACACCAUGAUUUAGCCAAUGAAACCCAUUUUGGACUUCUGACUUCCGGAACUGUAAGAUAGUAAAAUUGUGUUGUUUUAAACCACUAAAAUUGUGCUAAUUAAUUAUAGCAGCAAUAGGAAACUAAUACAGGGGCAUGUUGACAAGGAGCCAGCAAAGGAGACAGUCAGUGUUGCAGGAGGAUCAGGAGACAGGCAGUCCCAGAACCCGGAAGAAGAACGUUUCCUGAAGGGGAGUAACGCUCUGUGUUGGAUGUUGCUGGACCUCCAAGAUGAGGGCUGAGGACUGACCUCCUCAUUUAGCAAAGUGAAGGUCACUGACUGCAGCAAGAGUGUUUUUGGUGCACUGGGGGAGAUAAAAGCCUGAUAGGAGAGGAUUCAGGAGAGACUAGGAGGAGAGCAACUGGAGAUGGCAAGAGUUGUUUCUGAGGGACUCAUGGUAAAGGGCGGAAAGACAGGUAGCAGCUGGGGUGCCCUUGGCCUGUGGGAGUGGACAGCACGAGUGCUGUUGAGUGACCCAGCCGAGGGGAGCAGUUGGACAAGAGCUCGGGAGAAUACUGGGGCUGGGUCCUUGUGUCGGGGGAGGGGCUGGGUCUAGCACAUGCUGCAGAGUCUGCGUGGGUGGGAGCCCUUGUGUGUGUGGGGGCGGGGGGUUGAUGCCGGUGGGAGCACAUGGAAGUUCUUUUCUGAUUACUUCGAUUUUCUCAGCGAAAUAGGAAACAAUCAUCUCUUUUUCACUUGCUAAAUGUGCUGAGCAGGCUUGCCGAAUGCAUACACUUCACCCAGGGCCCCAGAGCACAGCAGGAAGCAAUAGGAAUACGUUGCACAUGCAGCUUCAAUAUUGUUUGGUUGGAGAAAUAAUAUACUGCCCAAAUAGUUUGUUUUAAAUUAGACAAACACCCUGGAGCCGGCCUGCUGCUGGAGAGGACAGCAAGGGCUGUUCGGAGCGCUGAGGUCAGCUGUGUUUGACAUUCCUGACGCGUGAAGGGCUCGCUUAGAACAACAGCGCGAGCCGCGGGGCGUGAGCUCCCUGGAGCCGCUCCAGGGCCCCGCUUGAGAAAUGUUUCGGUCCUAGAGAUUCCGCCCCAAUUUUAAACAUCUGUUGGUGAUUGUGGAAAAUACGGUUGGGAUUGUUUUGGUCACAGCCUGUGAAAGCUGCCGUUGUGCUGUGCUUUAAAGCCUCGGUGAUGGAUAUUUCACACUCUGACUCAAGUGGGCAGCGCCGGCCCUGACCCAUGUCAACAGGGUCCCACCUGCCGCUCAGCUUGCUGCUCCAGCUCUCCUUAGAGGUGGGUCCUGAGAACCCAGGAAGAUGUGAGUCUGGGAGCCCUCCAGCAGCUCAGUCCCCUUCCGUCCUGUCCUGAGAUCAAUCGAGGCCAGUCUGGAGUCCCAUUUCCUCAGGACAGUGGACACAGUGAAUCUGAGUCUCACAGAGACCAUCAACCCAAGGACCAUAAAAAGUACCAACUCGAAGGGGCCCCUUGCACCCCCACUGGAAGUGGCUGUUUGUCUGCAGGGAAGUGGCAUUACAGGAACUGAAGGGAUGGGACCCUUUACUUCUGACAUCACACUCACAGUGAGGCUGAAGGAGGCAGUAAAGAGAGAGCAACAAGGCCGAGAGAGGAGUCUGCGCCUGGGCCUGGCUGCGUGGGACACAGCCUUCUCUGGGGCCUCUGUUUGCGCCCCUUGGUCCGGGGUGUGGGCCCUGCUCCCGGCUCCAGCACUGCUGGCCUGAGUCCUGGCUGCGGCUGAUGGACACGACAGCAGCCAGGGGUGGGAGCUCCUUUGGAUGGAUUAAAACAUGGACCUGUAACUUGAGUCACAUCUUUAGUUUGUAGCAAACUUCUGAAGUCAACCGCACUCCUGGGAGCGAGGCCUCUUUUCUGGUGCAGAAUCUGCCUUUGUGGAAAGAAAAAUAAAGCCAUUUUGUUUGUUUCAUGUUAAGGCCUGUAAGGUAAGUUUCUGGUUUGGGGGAGCUCCCUUCCUCCUGACCCCAGUCGACCUUGACAAGGGUCCAUGAGGCACGUGCUUUCUGCAGGGCCCUCCAUAGUGGACUAAGAGGGUGGGGAGGAAGCUGGGCGGCCGAGGGACGUCCUCCCGCUAGUUACUUCCCUCUCUGUCCAUCCUUCGUAAACUCCUCUUCCUCUUGCAGAGGGACAUGGAGGCGCCUGGUGCUGAGGCCUCAGCAGCGGAAAGCCAGGCCCUUCCUGGCAGGACUGGGCUAGGCGAGGACAGGCCCCAGGAUGGCCAUCCCUGCAGCUGUGAGCUGGCUGGGGCACUCCCAUGUGCUGCGGGCGGUGGGCCAUGGGGGCAUAACCUGGGGCAGUGGGCAGCGGCUUUCCCUCCCAGGGCUUGGCAGGAAGCUGAGUCCACAAAAGCCACCCACCCAAGGCCAACAGUGGCCAAGCGAAGAUUGAUCUUAGGCAGCAGGGCAUGGCCUGGGCAGCCUGACCACAGACAGAGGCCACAGAGCUUCCAGGACGUUCUAGUUGGAACUGGAACAGGAGGCCUAAGUGUACUCCCUCCGGGGGCCCGCAGGACCCCAGCCCACCACGCCGGCCCUGGGCGUGUUGGGGAGAGGCCAGGCCCCUCUCUGGGAUGGACGCCACGGUCAGUGAGGUCUUUGGCCAGAGGCGUGGCCGUUCCUGCCACUUUGCGAGUGUGACUCCAGAGAGGGGCAACUGCGUGCCUGAUGGUGUUUCUCGAGCAGAAGGGGAGGCGAGACUAGCGGCGUCAACUUCACAGAGGCACGAUGACAUAACCCUCCAAGCAUUCGUGCCCAGCCUCAAUUAUACAGUCACACCCAGGGCCACGGGGAUUUAUGGGAGAUGGAAACUUCUGGACUACAUUCCCCCUGCCAGGUCCCCAGGCACUUGGCUAGAGGGUGGGACAGAGCUGCACGCACCAGCUGUGGGGCCCUGGGCAGACCUCAGCUGGCCUGUGGAUCCGGAUGGGGCAGUGUGGAUGGGUCCCUGGCCUAGGACAGGCCAGACCCUCUGCACGUGAGCUUUGCUCAGAAUCAGUCAGAACUGGGCCCCAAACGCCUCCGCUUAACCAGCGUGCCCCGUGAACCUGCACAGCACUGGCCACUGCAGAUGCCGCCAAGCCCACCCCAGUGUGUGUGUGAGCACAUGCGUGCGUGCGCAUGGGUGUGCGUGCGUGUGUGUACGCACGUGUGCUAAAAUGCUUCAGAGAAAAAGCAGCCCAGGAAUGUGGGGAUUGAAUGGGGCAUGGGCUGUGCCUGGGGUCCCUUGUUGGGCUGUGGGGUGGGUGGGGCUGAGGCCACAGGAAGAGCCUGCUGCCCCGGGAGCGUGCGGGGGAUGCUGUUUCUCAUAUACUUCAUUUCCUGUUUUAACACAUGUGAAUGUCCUGAAAUAAAAACUGUACGUCCCCA